CAAAGUAAACCGAACCGAGAUCAAUUUGAAUUUCAAAACCAAUGUAAACCCAUCGCUGUGAAAACAAAAAGCUCGGCCACUGUAACAACAAAAAUGGAGACGACACAACUUGGAAAAGAAAUCAACUCGAAAUAGCCAAGAGAAUGUUCGAAAACCCUCUCAAAUCCGAUGCUUCCUUUGAUUCCAACCUCCAAAAGCCCAUCUGCUCAAAUCUUCAUUUCGAGGACGAGGACUCGAGGAGUAUUACAAGGAACAAAGGAUAGUGAAAGCUGAAGAGUGGGCAGAGUUUUUUUUUGACUAAGUGGCCUCUGUUUUUGAUUCUUCAGUGGUCAAUUUUGUGAUGGGAUUUGAUUGAAAUUGGAGAAUGAUUUCAUGAAAUCUCUUCGGGCUGAGCGAGAGAGAUGCAGCGCGUAGCAGCUUUAAACGUGUUAGGAAGGUCUGUGAAUAGUCUAAAAUCUACAUCAAAUGAGUGAAGGGAAAUGGGCAGCAACACAUGUGGUGAAUGCGGAGAAAGGGCAGUCAGUAAUGAGGCAGAAAGGAGCAUUAUCCAAGAUAUUGUUACAGCAGUGAUUGUGAGUCGAAGAGAAGAUAUAUAUUUGACAGGUAUCCAUAUUUUGUUCUAGCCUAAGAAGGAUUCAUAAUCUGGAAAUCAUACUAUUAGUAGUUUAUUUUGGAGAGAUGCCCCCACGAGUUAGGAGAUUUCAAUAGAUUAGAUUAGAUUCCUCCAAAGGUGUUGUUGUUCAACGACGUCACUUGGGCUUAAGAUCCCCAUUGCAUUGUAUCUAUCUGCUUACAUCUGUACUUGAGACUCAGCCUAAUACUAUUACCAAGUCCAGUGCAUUUUAU